AUGUGGCUCAUUCUACUUUUUUUCGGAUCCUUUGCUGCAUUUUGGCUUUAUGGUCAUUACAAAGACAAUGGGUCAAAUGUGAUGACAGCAAUCAAUCUUGCGGUCAGUCGUUGUCAGUUUCUACCAAUUUGGUUACGUGUGUACAUAUUGGGUGUAGCUGAAACUGCCGUUACUGUUUUAUGGCAACGUGGUAUUGGUAGUAGUAGGCAGGCCCAAGAAGCUCAUGUGGAUGAGCUGGUGAGAGAUCAUCAAUUGAGGAUAGGCAAACGUACUAUUGUGGUUACUGGAGGAGAUUCGGGUAUUGGAAGUGCAAUUGUCGGGGGACUUUUGAAUGCUGGUUUUCAUGUGAUUGUUGUGUCCAAGACCGAGAGAGAGAAAUGUCUUGUAGCUCACCCAUGGAUUGACAAGGUUUCAUGGGUGGUAGGAGAUCUGGCAAGCCUUCAAAGUGUACACUCAAUAGCAGAGACAAUUAAGGAUAUUAUACCUAAAGGGCAGAUUAACGGAUUAAUCAACAACGCUGGGAUUAUGAACACUCCUUGCCAUAUUACUGCCGAUGGAUUUGAAUCACAGCAUCAAGUGAACUAUAUUUCUCCAAUGCUGCUUACCAUUUUGUUACUUCCGUGGAUUGAGAAAGAAAAUGGCUUUGUGUUAUUUGCGUCGAGUUCAACUCUUUAUGCUACCACUACAGUUGAUUUCGACUUGGCGCGUAAUUCUUAUGAAUGGGACGGUCUGACAGCAUAUGCUCACAGUAAACUUUGCCUGGCAGAAGCCGUGAGAGCACUAGGGACCCAAUUGACAUUGCACAAGAGCAACAUCAAAGUGUAUGCAUAUCAUCCCGGUACUGUCAGAACAAGUUUAUUUGCUCACACAACUGUCUUUUCCCUAUUCUUUCUUUCCCGUCUUUUCGAUUUUAUCAUGCUCUCUAUAAAAGAAGGGAGCCGCACACCACUUUUCUUGGCAUUCAAGGUCCCUAGUCCUAGUGGCUGCUACUGGUCCAAUGAAUCUAAGCAAACCAUCCCUUCUGUGUCCAUAAAAGAUGAACAUCUAAAAGAUUCUGAGGUUUGUGAUAGGAUAUGGAGUCAAACACUGACUUUUUGUCAGCUGGAACCAAAAAUAUUGCAUGAAUGUUUCCCUGAAGAAGCAAGAUUGUAA